AUGAUGCAGCCCGACGUCCAAGCCGCCGCGCUUCGAAACUUUCGAGCAACCCGAGACGCCUUCGUCAAGGAUCUCGAGGCCCUUUCUGGCAGAGAUAAAGGUGGCAGAACAAUUCCUCAGAUCAUCAUCGACCUGAACAGAUUGAUCAACACCCUAUCUAUGUGGACACUGAUCCGAGAGGGAACCAAGAAGGAGGGCAAGUGUUUUGAGGGGCGAUGUAGUAACCUGAGGAUUCUGAUUGACGAGCUGUCAAGUAUCUUGGAUUAUGACUCAGACAUGGAGGACCGAGUGACUCUGAAGCUUUUUGGCAUGGCUGCUAUGCAGGUGGGAAGCUUGACUCUUGAUGGUUUCUCCAAAGAUGACAGCAAGGCAGUGCACAACGCCAAGAUGAUUGAAUUGGAGCAGCGACGAUGGGAGAAGAAACUUGUUUGGGAGGACUGUCCACGACAGGCUAUGCUUCGAAGCUACUGGGCUCGUUUCUACUACAAAGACUAUGAUUGUAUCUGCAGACAGUGCCUGGAUCUGUACAUUACCUCGAGGGAUCCUACCCCAUCGCCCCCUCUUUCACCGCUUCCUGAGCCAGAGAUCGAUUCUUAUGUGACUACCUCGAGCGAGGAGGAAUGA